CCAGCUGCUAACCUAACAUGGGCAGUAAAUCUUUUUUAAAUCAACAAGUUUGCUUAUAUUAAUACAAAAAAAAUGACUUUGGCUGAAUUAAAAAUAAGCAUGCAAUGUAUCUUCGUUACAGGAUUAAUAAUGAUAAUCUUGGAAGUAUUUUUCACACAAAGUUUUGUUGAAAAAAUAUCAAAGGUACAUUUCAGUUCAUUUCCCGAGCAAGCAGAAACAGAUGAAAAAAGUCUCAUAAACUCAAAUUUCAGAGCAUCGCCAAACCAAGCAGAUGCAGAAUUCUCAAGACACAAAAUUUGGGAUUCCUUACAAUGUGCCUCUAUUGACAAAACCCAAACGCAACCAAAAUUGAAACCACAAAAUGCAAACUCGAAUGUUCCACGUGAGCUUUAUCAUCUAAACUGGACUAAUAGUUUUCUUGAUGACUAUAAGGUUAUAAAAUGGCCGAAAUGGGAUAUUUGUGAAGUGCGAGAUGAGGAGAACCUUCUUUUGCUGUUUGUCAUUAGUCACAAAACUGCUAAACCUAUGCGAGAUGAAAUUAGGAAUACAUUUGGUUCAGUAAAGAGGUUCUCAAGCUGGCAGAUUCGAACCGUAUUUCUAUAUGGCGAUGCAAACAAUUCAGUCCUUCCCAAUGAAAUAGAUGAAGACAUUUUAGUCGGAAAUUUUC